UCGCUUUUGUUUACCAUCGCGUGGCAUUUCUGACAUUUGUCACAAAUGACUCAAAGAGAGACACUUUCGAGAGCGUCUGUGUUUUUCCGGCUGACCGAUUGAGAAAUGAAUAAUUCAAUCCUAGUAGAAAACUUUGUGUAGUGCAGACGGAAUCUCAUCGGAAUGAAGCGCUUGCGGCGUCGAUUUCUUUCGCGAACCGUUUUGACUUUCAUCUCGUUAACAGUGCUAUGCUCUUUGUUUGUUUUCUUUGAAACUGUUCGCGAGAUUAACAGCGAUCAUCUGCUGCGUGCUUCGGAAGUAAAUAAUUAUUUCAUCCGCUUUCCUUCGCCGGCUUCGCACAGCGCAAAAGGUGCCGAAGACGCAGUUAUCUUCACGUAUCUACAACCGGUGACUCACUACCAGGAGCGAGGAAGAGGCCUGAAGUCUUUCACCGACUUGAUAAAAUCGAAAGAAAACCACAACGCGCAAAGAUACAACAACUUGACAACGGAGGGGAAAUCAUUGCUCGACUGCAACGACGUAAAAUCAAUCAAAGCUGGGGAGAAUAUUGGUCGAGGUUACACUAAAACUGUUCAAAAGGGGAUUCUCAGAGGCGUUGAAGUCGCACUAAAAAGUGUCCAGAUUGACAAUGAGGAUAUUAAACGCUGUGUUUCAAAUCCAUCAGCGCCUAGAUCGAUUGAAGAAUGUUUCAUUUUCGCCAAAUAUAAGCUUGCUAAGGAAAUUAUUAUGUUGCAACAGCUGCAACAUGCAAAUAUUGUUAAGCUCUUAGGUUUCUGUUGGCAAAAUGAGUUGAACACAGACGACCUCAAAAGUCGUGGUCUUACCAUGGUAACAGAGUUAGGCACAGAACUUGAUGUCCUCACUUUGGUGCAACUACCAUGGCAGGAACGAUUUAGGAUUUGUCUUGGCCUCGCCAGGUUACUGCAUUACUUAGCCCAUUCUCCUCUGGGGUCGCUCUUCAUCCGGGACUUCAAGCUGUCGCAGUUUAUUAUCGUCAGGGGUGAAGUUAAACUGACGGAUUUUGACGAUGUCGACAACGAAGAGCCCAGAUGUUCAGCAGACAGGGAUUGCGUCGUCAGAGGGGUGGCAAAAAAUAGGACUUUAAAGUGUGACAAUGGAAGGUGUCAAGGGGUCGUCGCUGCUACAAAUUUAGAUAAUGUCUGCCGGAAUGUUAUAAGCCAUGUGCUUGUACCUGGAGCUCCUAAAAAGCUACGAGACUAUUUAAAGGAAGUCAAACAGAAUCUUCGGAGACUAACCUUGAACACUGACACACUUGUUUGGAAUCUGGAAAGAGUUCUAAACCUUUUACGCUCAGGGAAACACAUAGAACCGUACACAAGGCCGUUAAACUUGUACAAGAAGAUAGUUAAAGCAGACUUUCCCACCUUACAUGACUAUCAUUGUUCAAACACGCGUUUGCCUGGUGCCUGUGAACUGGCAGUGUAUAACAUCGCAGAGGCCAGGUACGAGUGUGACAUGGAUGACGAGUGUAUGGCUUUCGUUACGACGAAAACGAAAUUAUGGACAGGCGAGUUUCUUCAUCGUGUACUUAAAAAGCAACACAACACAUGUCCAACCAAACGAAGACACCUCAGUCUACAUAAAACAGCCCACGUGAACACGAUGUUGCGCCAGCAGUAGUUUAUGAGAAUCGAUGAAAACAGAAAGACAUGACCGGAAAGAACGUCUAGAAAAGCACACUUUACUUUCAAGCCUUCACAACUGGAGGUAGUAACGUAAAUAAGAACUUGAUACCGAUGGAGUAAAGGGAAAAAUUGGAGAUCGCGAGCCGUGUCAUGAUGCAAUUCUCCAGCAUCAAUUCACUCCAGGUGAACAAAGACUGUCACGACUUUGCCAGUUCUAGAUCGGACACAGCGAGAUCGAAUGCCACCUUUGGUGUCAAUGACAGCUUCUGAGCAUACAAAGCUUCAAUCUGUCUGAGUGCUUUAUUACGAGACGAAGUUUUCAACUUAUGUAACAUCAGAAGCCGCGGCUUCACAAACAAUUUCUACAACCCUCUCUAAGCUAGGACGUCGAUUGGCGUCAUGAGUUUACGUCACUUUACAAGAAACUCUGCUAAGCCAAUCAUGUUUUGCUUACGCUUCCUUCAAGAUGGCGGGCGUUUUGUUUUUAUCUGGAAUAACUGUUAUUUACUGCCACUCUUGACUAUUUCGAUUUAACCGUUUGAUUAACUAUAGACAGUCGCUAGAGGGGUGGUUUUGAAAUUAAAACUCUGGUCAAAUAAUGUUGGUAA